UUAACUUGAAAUAUUAAGCAACAAAAACCAGGGGUAAAGAGAGACAAUAGGCUGAGAGACUGAGACAAAGAAAGGGUGGGGGAGAAUGAGAGUGAGAGAGAGAGAGAGAGAGAGAGAUCCUCGCACGUGUGUGCUUCAUUUUCUUUGCUUUGUUCAGGUGUAUGAAUGGUAAUGGUAAUGCUUCAUAUGUUUACGUUUUUAAGAGUCACAUCUCUCCAGUGAACUCGCACAUGGUGUUCCGUGUGCACUCGGAUACACAGCGCCAUUCAGGCGCAUUCUAUUUACUUCGCUUUACUUCCUCACGGAUCAACAAAAGUCACCAGCAUGGAUCUUUCAUUUAUGGCUGCGCAGAUCCCAGUUAUGACAGGAGCAUUUAUGGACUCAUCACCCAAUGAUGACUACAGCACUGAACAUUCCCUCUUCAACUCGUCUGCCAGUGUCAAUGCAGCUCCCAUUACCUUAGUUCAGACUCAACAUGAUGAGCACCAGCGGGUCUCCACUGAUGCUAUCUGGCUGUGGAUCGCGAUCAUUGCCACCAUUGGGAACAUUGUGGUAGUGGGAGUUGUUUAUGCGUUCACUUUCUGAUCUGUCCGUUUGAAGACAUUUUACUUGAACUGAACUGUACAGACUGAGGGGUUAGUUGUGAUGAAAUCCAUUGGGUCAAUAAUAAUCAGAAUUUGCACACAACAUUUUUACUUUUUGCAACAUUAUUUGGAAGCUUACACUUCAGUGAGCAGUGUUUGUUUAUUCUGAAUAUGGAUUAACUGGCUUUAUGUGUUGAACCUACUUCAGUAUCCCUGAAGACCUUAGAAGCAAUUAAGAGGAGUGUUCCUCAAUUAUUUGGAUGACAGGGCAGCAAAUCUUUACACAUUAAAGGGAAGAGGGGGGCGUGUACACACACACACACACACACAAAAUGGUUCGUGUAUUAAUUAACAACACUAAAGCCACACUUGUCUAGUUAUUAUGAUAAAAAGGUGAAUGUGUUCUAUAUUAAAAAAAAAUUCAACAGUUAAACAUUUAUUGCUGUAUAAAAUCCUGCAACGCUACUUUGUAUAACACUUUAUGUUUAAAAUGCUAUUUGAUUGAUGUUAAAAGGUAGAUAUUUAAAUAUUUUUGCAUCAGGUACCCUUUUUUCAAGUUGUUUGUAAAUAUUAUUCAAAGCUCCUUAUUCUAGAAUCCAAUUUCUGUGUGAGUCAAAAUCUGUUAUGCAAUCCAGUUGUUGCUAUGGUGAUUAAGCCUGUCUAAUUAAGGACAUUUGAUGACUCUUCUUCAGCCAAGGAAACUCCAGAUGAUGGUGCCCUAGCUGUUGACCCUUUCAUUUUUCAUCCAGCUGGUUUCCUUUUUCUCGAUGAGGAGAACCACCCAGGAAAAAAGCCAUAAACGCGCAUUAUGUUCAAUUAUAGUGGUAUUUUAAAAUGAGUUGCCAUGGAGAAGGUUAGGUGGGAUAUGUAGACAGGGCACUUAAAUGGCUUCUGGCUCUCUAAUGGGCUCCCAAAGGGAAAUGGUUUAAAUGCAGUUAAACGGUAAAUCGUAAUAUACCGUUAUUGGUAACAGAAGAAAUUUAACACUUCCAACACUGUUUACAUAGUAAUGGACUUCAGUCAUAAUGGAAAUUAUGAUUGUAAUUGAUUAUAAGAUUUAAGUGAUUUAUUGGGAAUUCUUUUCUGGAGGCCAUCCUCUACUCAGCCCUCUUUUGCCAAAAUGAUGCACUUGCUGUUGUUAUUGAUUUACUUCACAUUUAAUAAAUUGCCACUAAGUUCCUAAAAUGCA